UAUAGCUACGGAGGGCAAGGAGAUGGAGAUGGAGAUGUUUGAAGUUGGCCCAUGUGAAUCCGCAUACCAAAUGGGGUUCUCCAUUGGCGAGAGGUUCUCUGAUACAAUAAAGAGCAGAUUGGACAAUGACCUCGUUCUUCGCGACCAGCUCCUUCCUUUUGCUCAGACCCCACAGUCGCAGCCUCUUAUCCAAGCUCUCUGCAAUAACAACAAGAACAAGUUUCCCAGAUACUGGGAUGAACUCAUCGGAAUCGCAGAAGGAAGUGGUGUGCCAAUUCUUGAGAUCAUUCUAAUCAACUUCAGGAAGGAGAUUCUUCCCUUUCUUCAGAAGGAAGUGCCUUCAGUUGUUGAUUGUUCAGAUGAUUGUUCUGAUAUUCUUGUUGUUAGUGAUUCCAUGGCCAUUGCAGCACAUAAUGAAGAUGCCAACGUUGCUCUGGUUGGCCACACCUAUUUGGUCAAAGCAAAACUGCAAAAUGGGCUAUCUUUUCUUGCUUAUACCUACGCAGGAGAGCUUCCGAGCUGCGCUUUUGGUUUUAAUGGCCAUGGACUGGCAUUCACCCUGAAUUCAGUGCCUCCGACCAAUGAUGAGGUUGCAGCUGGGGCAAUCGGACGGAACUUUAUCUCCCGGGACCUCCUUGAAACUAUAAGCCUUGAAAAUGCGAUACUUGUAAGACCAUGCAACAAUGUCUUCUAUUAUAGCUGUUCUAGCUUACCGGAGCAGUUCCGAAACAUAACACAUUGGAUUGGAUUCUCUUUGCAGAGAAUUCGCUCAGCAGAAGUAUCCGUCGGGCACAGUUAUAAUCUGAUUGAUGUUCAGACAAGAAGAAUUGUGAAUGUAGAAACAGCAUCAAGGUUUAGAUUUUCAGCCAAGGAAAUUGGGGCUACUCCAUUUUUCCAUGCAAAUAUGUAUACCCAUCUUCAGAUUAACCAGGUACAAGAUGAAAACUCUACAAGCAGGCAAAGACGAGCUGAUGUCCUGCCAAAAGGAUCAAGAAGCGAAUUCCUGUCGAUUCUUGGAGAUACGGAUAACAAGAAGUAUCCUAUCUAUAUGACAGGUCCUACGCUUUACACAUUGUGUACUGCUCUAAUUGACCUGGACGAACAAACUCUAUCAAUCAUUCAAGGAAAUCCGAAGAAAAACGUGAUAUCCCAUGUCUUCUCCUUGCCGUUGGUGGGGUUGAAGAAACCAUAAGCACACUGCUGCCUCCA